ACUUAUUUGUAGAAGCUUGAUACGUUUGGUUGCGUCACCGUCACAUGACGUAGCCACCCGGCAUUGACAAGAUAUCUCCUCACAGGACGCCUACAAAGUAAAAAGAAGCUUUUCUUGCUGAAGAAUAAGAAGACAGGUGCAGGGUCACCAUGGGGUCGCUGUUCCGCAGCGAGGAGAUGACCCUAGCGCAGCUUUUCCUGCAGUCGGAGGCUGCGUACGCCUGUGUGUCCGAACUGGGGGAGCUCGGAUUGGUGCAGUUCAGAGACCUGAAUCCUGAUGUCAAUGCUUUCCAACGGAAGUUUGUCAACGAGGUGCGGCGGUGUGAUGAGAUGGAAAGAAAACUACGAUUCCUUGAGAAAGAGAUCCGGAAGGCAGGCAUUCCCAUUGUGGACACGGGGGAGAACCCUGAUGCACCCCCUCCCAGAGAGAUGAUCGACUUAGAGGCCACAUUUGAAAAGCUGGAGAAUGAGAUGAAGGAGGUGAACACCAACCAGGAGGCCCUGAAGCGAAACUUCCUGGAGCUCACGGAGCUCAAACACAUCCUGCGCAAGACUCAGAGCUUCUUCGAGGAGGCUGAAUUCCAUCAUCAGAUGCAGGAUCCGGCGCUCGCCGAGGAAUCCCACGCCCUGUUGCUAGGCGACGAAGAACGCGGCGGCCAGCCCAUGCGUCUUGGAUUUGUAGCCGGCGUGAUCAACCGUGAGCGCUUGCCGACGUUCGAGCGCAUGCUGUGGCGAGCUUGUCGGGGAAACGUGUUUCUGCGCCAGACUGAAAUCGAGACCCCUCUGGAAGAUCCUGUCACGGGCGACCAGGUGCACAAGUGUGUCUUCAUCAUCUUCUUCCAAGGAGAUCAGCUGAAGUCGCGAGUCAAGAAGAUUUGCGAGGGAUUCCGUGCUACACUGUACCCCUGUCCGGAGACACCUGCAGAGCGUAGGGAGAUGGCCAUCGGAGUCAUGACCCGUAUUGAAGAUCUACAAACGGUGCUGAACCAGACCCAGGACCACCGUCAUCGCGUGCUGGUCUCCGCCGCCAAGAACAUCCGCGUGUGGUUCAUCAAGGCUCGCAAGAUCAAGGCCAUCUACCAUACCCUGAACCUGUUCAACCUGGACGUCACGCAGAAGUGUCUCAUCGCAGAGUGCUGGUGCCCCGUGGCUGAUCUGGAGAGGAUCCAGCUGGCUCUGCGCAGGGGAACGGAGCACAGUGGUUCCAGCGUUCCAUCUAUCCUGAACCGCAUGACGACCAAGCAGGCCCCGCCUACCUACCACAAGACCAACAAGUUCACCUCUGCCUUCCAGGCCAUUGUGGACUCCUAUGGAGUGGCUAGCUACUGCGAAGUCAACCCCGCCCCCUUUACCAUCAUCACGUUCCCGUUCCUGUUCGCUGUGAUGUUCGGAGACGCGGGGCACGGUCUGAUCAUGGCGCUGUUUGGCCUGUGGAUGGUGUGGAGGGAGAAACAGCUCAUGAACCAGAGGAAGGACGAUGGGACCUGGGCUAUCUUCUUUGGAGGACGUUACAUCAUCCUCCUGAUGGGGGCUUUCUCCAUCUACACAGGCUUCAUCUACAACGACUUCUUCUCCAAGUCCCUCAACAUCUUCGGAUCAUCCUGGAGUAUGGCAAACAUCAGUGAUGAGGACAUCGAGAAAUAUGAUAUGAUUGAGCUGGACCCAAAUGUGACGUCAAUCUACAAGCCUAGAAGCCCUUAUCCAUUUGGGUUAGACCCGAUUUGGAACAUGGCUGAGAACAAGAUCACCUUCCUGAACUCCUUUAAGAUGAAGAUGUCGGUGAUCUUGGGAGUGUUACAGAUGAGCUUCGGCAUCUGCCUCAGUCUCAGCAACUACCGGUUCUUCAAAGACCCGGUGUCGAGUGUCAGCGUGUUCAUCCCCCAGCUGCUGUUCCUGUUGUGCAUCUUCGGCUACAUGGUCGCCAUCAUCUUCUACAAAUGGAUCGCCUACGACGCCAGCAUCUCUUACAAAGCUCCCAGUCUCCUGAUCACCAUGAUCAACAUGUUCCUGUUCAAGUUUCCUGAGAGUCAGGACGACUACUUGUACAGUGGACAGAAAGGGUUCCAGAUCUUCCUAGUGCUGUUAGCUGUGGCCUGUGUCCCGUGCAUGCUGUUCAUCAAGCCGUACUUCGCGUGGCGCGCCCACAAGAGCGGCAAGCGUACUGUAAGGUUUGGGACUGUCCAAAUGCAGGUCAACGGAGCCGCCGAGGACACAGCUGUCAUCAUGGAUCAGGACGAGGGGGAGAUGCCACCCCCACCGCCCGAGGGGGUGUCCGGACACAAGGAGGAGGAAGAGUUUGACAUUGGAGAGCUGCUGAUCUACCAGGCCAUCCACACCAUAGAGUUCUGUCUGGGGUGCAUCUCCCACACAGCUUCAUACCUGCGACUCUGGGCCCUCAGUCUGGCUCAUGCCCAGUUGUCGGAGGUGCUGUGGAGUAUGGUGCUGCACAUCGGGCUGGGUUUCCAGGGCUGGGUGGGUGCCGUGGUCACCACCCUGGUGUUCCCUGCCUUCGCUGUGCUCACCAUUGCCAUCCUGCUGGUCAUGGAGGGGCUGUCUGCUUUCCUGCACGCCCUGCGUCUGCACUGGGUGGAGUUCCAGAGCAAGUUCUACAAGGGCGAGGGUCACCAGUUCGUCCCGUUCUCCUUCGAAGCCCUCAUGGAGGAUCAUAACUAAUGUACUAAGCCACAGCUGCAGCAGUCAACCACCCUGUAGUAACUCAAUAUGAAGAUGAUUAUUGUAGUAAUCAGGAAAUUUAGAUCUUGUGCAUCCCUGUCAGAAAAACCUUGCCAUAGAUUUUUUGACAUUAAUGUAAUUUGUAAUUUUCUUAUUGCACAUUCCUUAGGCUUGGUACAAUGUUAGAAGAUAAAAGGAGGUGUCAUAACAAUUCAUAGACUGAUAUUGUUUACAUAUAUACAUGUAAUCAUAAAGAAUUACAACUUGGAAAUAUAUAAGAUGUACCAGUGCAGUGGCAAAGGAGAUAGUUUGUUUGCCUUGCAAUGGAUAAGGCACAGGUUUGCACCUCCUGCUUUCUUUCUGUAGCACUCAGCAUUUAGGAAAGAGUAUGGCAAAGUGAACAUUCACACAAUCACCGGAGAACAAGCCCCCUUGCUGUAGUGGCGUGUAUGGCCCAAGGGGUAUAAAAACAGAUGGGCACUGCCCAAUGCACCAGGUAUACUGUGGGAAAGUUAAGGCUUGCAGACAAGAACAAAAAUUGCUGCUAUAAUUGACAUUUACAGCUAAGUUUGCUUAUUCCUCUAUAACACACAAUACAGUACAAAAGUAUUAAACUUGGCGUGAUUAAAGUUCAAGAUCUAAAUCAAGUGCUCAGCACUUUGCUGUAGAAACCAUUCCUAUAAUAUGUAAACUAGUUGUGCACAAGUGAUCAAUGGUGUAUUAGAAAAAUGAAGUUCUGAGUUGGUAUGAAAAUUAUGUGAUGUAUUAUCUGAUGAUAUAUUGUGACUUGAUAUUAGAUAUACAAAUGUAUGUAAAGCAGCUGUGGCAUAGUGAAGAUUGUGCAAUCUACAGCACUGAGAAUACAACAACACUAGGAAUCAG